AUGCCAAGCACUCGCUCUAGAGGUGAAAGAUUGGUGCAACUAGUUAGCGAACCCGAACGUCUUUUAAGACGUAGAAAUUUAGAAAAUCAAUUAGAGAUUCCUCUUCCCGAUUUAGUUAUGGCUAAAGCCCCACAAGAACGACCACUAAGGUCCUACGCUAUUCCUUCGCAAGAAGAACCGCACAAUAGCAUCGCUGCCCCCGCUAUUGAAGCAAAUAACUUUGAGCUUAAACCUUCAUUGUUGUCAGCCGUACAACAAAACCAAUUCUCCGGAAACCCCACGGACGACCCCAAUUUACAUUUGUCCAUAUUCUUGCAAUACGCAGAUACCGUGAAGGCAAAUGGUGUCAGUCCCGAAGCUAUAAGACUUCGUUUAUUCCCUUUCUCGUUAAGAGAUAGAGCUAGAGCUUGGCUCCAGUCCCUACCAUCUAACUCAGUCACCUCAUGGGAUGAGUUAAAGAAAGUCUUUUUAGCCAGAUAUUUCCCACCCAGCAAAACUGCUAUGUUAAGAGCGCAAAUUAAUGGAUUUAAACAAAAAGACAACGAGUCUCUUUUCGAAGCAUGGGAAAGAUACAAAGACAUGAUUAGGCUAUGCCCAUAUCAUGGACUCGAAAAUUGGCUAAUUGUCCACACCUUUUACAAUGGUCUCUUGUAUAAUACAAGAAUGACAAUAGACGCCGCAGCUGGUGGCGCACUUAUGGAUAAACCAUACAACCAAGCCUAUCAGCUUAUCGAGAGCAUGGCUCAGAACCAUUAUCAGUGGGGAAACGAGAGAACAACCGUAGAGAAAUCUCAAACGAAAGGCGGUAUGUACGAAGUAAGCGAGCUUGACCUUGUUAAAGCCAAACUUGAAGCUCUGACUCAAAAGAUGGAGAGUAUGACCACAACACCUGUAGCCACCGUGGCUGCAACAAUUUCAAACUGCGAACUGUGUGGAAUUCAAGGGCACACUAUCGCUGAAUGUCAACUCUUGACGGAAGUUCCCCCAGACCAAGUGAACUAUACUCAAGGAAACCCUUACAACCAAGGUCCGAGGAACCAUCCAUACCUUUCGUACAAAAGUAACAACGCUCUAUAUGCACCUGGCCAAACACCUACUCCUUCGCCACCAGGAUUCCAAAAACCUGCUCAAAAUGCUCCUAUGAAGUCAAACCUUGAAUUGAUGAUGGAGAACUUCAUAGCCGUACAAACUCAAACUAACAAGGAAGUCCUAAAUCAAAACAUACACACUAGUGAGCAAAUUAAGCAAUUAACAAGCAGGCUAGAUGUCUUGACCACUCACAAUAAGAUGUUAGAGACACAAAUCGCACAAGUGGCACAACAACAAGCAUCUACCUCUGCUCCUGCAGGCAUAUUUCCUGGCCAGCCUCAGCCAAACCCUAGGGGACAUGUGAAUGCUGUUAUAUUACGAAGUGGGACACAAUACGAUGGACCAGCUGAUCCUAGAACUAAAAAUCCUGCCAUGCAACCCAAUUCUGAUAAGACAACCGAGAAGGAAAGUGAACCUAAUGAAGAAGGGAAGGAAGAGAGUGGCGAAGAAACCGUAGAGAAGAAAAGACCAUAUGCACCUCCGCCACCUUAUAAACCACCCAUCCCUUAUCCCCAAAGAUUCGAAAAAUCUAAAAGCGUAGGGCAAUUCAAGAAAUUUGUAGAGCUUCUAAAACAAUUAAAUAUCACAAUACCUUUUACAGAAGCCAUUACCCAAAUGCCCUCAUACGCUAAGGGUGCGUUUGAUUUGCAAAAGUAUAGUUACUGA